AUAUUCUGUCCUCGACUGAAAGAACUGCAAUGCCAAUGGCGCUAUUCAGAUCUGGAUGGAGUAAAACAGGUACCAUUGUCACAUAUAUAGGAACUGAAGGAAGAAUGAUGUUAUUAUCCCUCAAUACCUCUCUUGAAUCAAGUUCAACCAGCUCCGCGUGUGAAUUCAUUUAACGGAGGGGUUUUUACGUUAUACGUUCGUUUAUUUUUAAUUUUUAAAGAACUGCUUUCUUUGAAAACCAAAAACAAAAAAGGAAAGGUCGGAUCCCUAUAAUGCCCGAUGCCAUGAGAUUUCCUAUAACAGCGAUGAUUACAAUAACGAUCUUCGUUACCACGUUUAGCGCGAGUCAUCAGCGUACGUUAGAGAGAACCGCUUUUGAUGAAUAUACGCCACUUUUGAGACAGAUCCGAAAACUAUUCAUAGCAGUUAUGGGAAGACCGACUCAUACAGCAAGAAGUCUUCAAACAGUCCGUUCACGAAAUAAACUUCAAAAACAAAUGGACGGUACGAUUAAUUUUCCAUGUUCUUUAAACAACGCCCGAAGUGAAAAGAGACCCUCAAGCGUCCAUGCUCUCCGUCCCGGCGAUAUUGACGUAAUAGGGGGGAUAGGAGACAGUUUAACUGCAGGAUUUGGUUUGACUGCUACAAGUCUCGCAACGGUCUUUGUGGAGAACAGGGGUAUUGCUUUUAGCAGCGGAGGACAAGGCUCAUGGAGAAACUUUCUUACAUUGCCAAACAUAUUAAAAGUAUUUAAUCCAAAGUUACACGGCUAUGCCCUUGGGGAUUACUUCACAAUUGAUAAAGAGUCCCGAUUUAAUGUUGCCGAAGGAGCAGCGAUUUCCGACAACAUGCCGUACAUGGCGAAAGUUUUGGUGAACAGAAUCAAGAUGGAUCCAAAGGUAGACUUAAAGAAUGAUUGGAAGAUGAUAACGUUUUCGAUUGGAGCAAACGACUUUUGUACGGAAAUGUGCUACAGAGAGAAACCAGAAUCGAUCCUGGAAGACCAUAAGGAAGACGUAAUCGACGUGUUAAGGAUACUUCGGGACAAUUUACCUCGCACUUUCGUCAACUUAGUGCCGCCUCCAAACUUAGAAAUAAUAUCACGAUUCACCCACAAACCACCCCAGUGCUACGUCACCCAUAGCGUAGAGUGUCCUUGUAUUUUUGGACUCUCUUACACGAAAUAUCAGAAGCGAUUUGGACAGAUUAUCCGAAAAUGGCAGAAAAUCGAAGAAGAUGUAGUUAACAUGGAUGAAUUCGACACUGAUGAUUUUACAGUGGUGUAUCAACCUUUCACAGAAGAAUAUGCAGUACCAAAAACCAAAGAGGGAAAAACCGAUCUGAGUUUCCUUUCCGAAGACUGCUUCCACUUGAGUCAAAAAGGGAAUGCUCAAGCGGCUAACAGCUUAUGGAAUAAUAUAAUGGAACCUGUGGGAAGAAAGGACGUUCAUGGGACAAUGCUUUUUAAAAAAUUCCGUUGCCCUACGGCAAACCACCUUUAUCUCUUUACAAGAAGGAAUAGCAAGUUAUGACAACUUUUCUGCCAAUAAAUUGAAGAUUUAUGAUUUAACAUUGUCUCUAAUUAGAUAUAAUCGAUUUAGUCUGUGAUAAUCUUAUAUAUAGGAAAGACCCUUUCAUUAGUGCAAACGGAUAAUUUAUUUUAUUAGCUAAUAAUACAAAAUCUACGUAACCUUUAAGACGCAGUAUUUAUUAUCGAAUAAACUUUUACCCUUUAUA